AUGGGUUCGAUGAAGUAUUGUAUGGUUCUGUUUGUCUUUCUCGGAUGCACUAUGCCAUUCAUUAGCGCCGAUGCGGACUGUGAGAAUUUGAAGGAUAGGCGCGAUGAAUUGGAUCAGUGCUGCCAGGUUGAAAAAAUUAUCUCACUGAAUGAUGCGGACGAUUGCUCUUCCGCUGCAGACGAAGCUUCCCAACCGCAUGAGAAAAUGAUGUGUUCAGUCCAGUGUAAGAUGCAGUCACUUGGAUUGACAAACGGUGACGAUAUCGUGCAGGAAAAGGUUAUGGAGUUCGUGGAUCGGUUGGAAGACGGGUGGAAGGAUACAGCGAAGGACAUCGCCACCAAGUGUAUUGAAGUGAUCACGGGCAUGAAAACGAAGAUGCAAGAACAAGGAAAAGGGCACGAUAUGAAAUGCUCACCCGUGAGUGGAUUUUUCCUCAUGUGUCUUAUGAAAAACACCUUUAACCAGUGUCCGGCUGACAAGUGGAAUAGCUCAAGCUUCUGCGAAAAAGUUAAGAACGGUGAAUGCGCCCCAAAACGUCCCGGAAAUUAAAAGGUGAUACAGGUGACGGAGAAUCACAUUACAAGUGAAUUCAUCGAUUACAUUUAUAACGAACAUGUAGAUUCAAAUAAAAG